AUGGACGUCUCGACCGACAACGCCAGCCGGCCUCCGACGGACUACUUCCCGCUGGCCGGCGACGGCCCGGACUACGAGAUCCCCCCGGACGAGAUCCCGGACGCCACGCGCGGCCGGGCCUUCUUCGCGGCCACCGUCGUCAUCGCCGCCGUCCUGGCGGGCAUCAUGUUGGUGUGCGGCGUGGGAAACUGCCUGUUCAUCGCCAGCCUGGCGCGCUACAAGCGGCUGCGCAACCUCACCAACCUGCUGAUCGCCAACCUGGCGGUGUCGGACGCGCUGGUGGCGGCCGUGUGCUGCCCCUUCCUGCUGGACUACUACGUGGUGAAGCAGCUGUCGUGGGAUCACGGCCUGCUGCUGUGCGCCGCCACCAACUACCUGCGCACCGCGUCGCUCUACGUGUCCACCAACGCGCUGCUCGCCAUCGCCGUGGACCGGUACAUGGCCAUCCUCCACCCUCUGAGGCCCCGCAUGAAGACCCAGACGGCGUACUGCGUGAUCCUGACGGUCUGGAUCGUGCCCGCCUUCGUCUCCAUCCCCGCCUCCGCCUACAUGGCCUCCGAGAUGACCUACCCGCACGCCGACGAGGGCCGCGCCCACAAGACCUUCUGCGCUCAGAUCUGGCCCGUGGACCGGCAGGCGUACUACCGCUCCUACUUCCUCCUCGUCUUCGCCCUGGAGUUCGUGGGCCCGGUGGGCGUCAUGGCCGUCUGCUACGUGCGGAUCUCCCGGGAGCUGUGGUUCAAGGACGUGCCGGGCUUCAAGACGGAGCAGAUCCGGAAGAGGCUGCGGCGGCGUCGGAGGACGGUGGUGGUGCUGAUCCUGGUGCUGGUGGCCUACGUCCUGUGCUGGGCGCCGUACUACGGCUUCGCCCUGCUGCGGGACUUCUACCCCACGCUCAUAUCCCGGGAGAAGAACUCCCUGGUGGUCUUCUACGUCGUCGAGUGCGUCGCCAUGAGCAACGGGGUCAUCAACACCCUGUGCUUCAUGAGCGUGCGGCGCAACAACGAGCGCCUGAAGGCGGCGGGGAAGUUCCGGCUGAAGCUGGCGACGUUCGCGGCCGCCAGGUCGGCGGACGGCGGGGAGGCGCGGACCUGCUCCCUCCGGGUGACGGAGGACGCUGACGGCGCCCGCGCGAAGUAG